AUGGGAGUGGGCCUGUCCUGUCGUAGACAUCAAUCGCAGCUCCAGCAGCCAGCUGCUCUCUCCCGCUUUUCGCCCUUCAGUGUGUAUCUACCCGAGAUUUGUCUGACUGAGCCCAGCAUGAGUGAUCUGGGGCAAGCUCUGCUGGUUCCUGGGUUGGACCGGCUGACCCGAACCAGGGAACGCAUUCUGACCCUUGAUUGCUGCCCCUCUUCUGCAUACAACGAUCCGGAGUAUGUCUCCGGAGAAUUCGACAUCUUCAGGCUGUCAAUACUUGCAGUAUCAGCUCACAUCAAAUGUCAUCAGCGAUUACAUCAGUCCAGGACAGCGUGUCUGUAUCAGAUACACCGUUGGAGCAUCUCCGAGCCGAGCUUCCAGAUGAUGUAUGGAAGACGUGAGGCACCGGCAUGA